UAUUUCACUAACAACGAGUUUUUUCAACAUAAAAAACUUGGAAACGCAUGAAAAUAUUCCACCAUAUAUAAUAAUACCCAUAUCAAGCAUAUAUAAUAUAAUUGUUUGACCAUCUUAUUAUCAAAAGCGAGACCACAUAACGGUUCUCAUUACACAUAAACAGUGACCAACCACUGACAACAAAAACAACAACAUUACUCUUAGUCGUUUCACAUAACAAACGACGACCCGAACACGAAAUUUCAGUUCUCGAAACACUGAAUUAUUAUAAUAAUGAUAAUAAUAAUAGCAUAGCACACCACCAUGCAUCAUGCAUGCACGUAGCCAUCGCUAGGGCAACAGCCACUGGAUUCAUCCUACUUCUUCUCCAUGGCCUCAACACCACCUUCUUCCUCCUCCUCACCAUCACCAUCCUCCUCAUCAGAAUCAGUAUCAUCCUCGUCGUCCUCCGACUCGAAGUCGCCGACAGCGGAGACGAAACCAUCAUGGGCGACGUAGAUCGUCACCUUGGUCUGCGGCAGGCCGUCCUUGGAGUAAAACCACUUCCUCUCCGCAUCAAAGCCAGCAAUCCCCGAACCAGCCUCAGCCGCAGAAGCAGUCUUGUUCUUGUCAGUUUCUUCACGUUCGAGGGCGACGAAGAGACGGAGGGCGACGUCGACGAUCUUGUCCACGAUGGCGACUUUGUCCUCCGGGUCGGGGAUCUUCAUGGGGAGGAAGGACUCCACCAUCUUGCGCACGUGCGGCAUCGCACUGUCCUCGUUCAGCAUCGGCUCGAACGGGAGGGUGAACACGCGCUCGGCCUCGCGGGUGACGGGGGCGCCGCCCUUGGGGCCGGUGGCGGUGGUCACGAUGGCCACCACUUUGAGGUGGAAGUUCUUGUUGUUCACGCCGUUGCCUGCCGCCGCCGCCAUGGUGUGGAGGAUGAUGUGAAUGUUUGUGUGACGAUGAUGUGAUGUU